CAGAUCGAGUCGGACUGUCUUCGAGUGAAGAUAAUCCAAGUAAAACUAUCUCUAUUACUAUUUUAGAGAGUCGAAAAUUUUUUUAAAGUUUUAAUUUUUACUAAAAAAAUUAUUAGUUUCCUAAUCGUAUAAAAAAUUAAAUAUUUACGGUAAAAGUUACAGUUAUAUUUAAUUUUUAAAUAAUUAAUAUUUAUUAACGGUGAAAGUGAUAUGUUGGCCGCACCAUUUUGCCGCGAAUUGCAUUUUGGCAACAUGUUGACUUCGAGGAUGCAGUCACGCGUUCCACGCUGUUUAUUUGGAUCACCGAACCCCAAAGAUUCUGUGGAUCUUCUCCAAGAAACUUUGGACAUGGAAAGAAGCAAAUUCGAAAGAAGAUGGGGUAUUGAUCCUUGUGCUGAGGAUAAGGAAAAUAUCCAAAGAAAAUUCGAGAGAUCACCACGCAAAAACCGGAGUUCACCUUACGCGCGACAAACAUGUAUUCACGACUAUUGGAGAUCAAGAAAAAACUGUGACGUGACAAAAAAAUCACUAGUAUCAUCAGUGGAUCCAAACCAGCUGACAAAGAAACAAGAUACUCAAAAAACCACAAAUUAACCUCGCAAUCAAGAUAAAGAUUUUUAUUAUAUUAGAAUAACUGAAGAGAUAAUAAUUGACGAUGGCAACUUAGUUGCGAUAUUUAUCGUCAACGUGAUCAUUAAUUUUCCAUUAUUUAUCAUAAAAUAUAACUUCCUAAUUAUAUUAAUAUAUAUUUAUUUCUAUACAAUAAUGUAAUUUGACUUAAUCAAAUAGUUUAUUGACAAGAUAAUUUUUUUCGUUUAUAAUUAGUCAUAGUCUUGUAAAUAAUUUGUGAUUAGUGGAGGUUUAAAUGGAUUUUUAAAUUUUCUGAGACUGUUUUAUGUAUUAAUGUAUUCUUUUUUUCUUGUAAAAGUUAUUAUUAUAUUAUAUUAUUUUAUAUUGUUUAAAUAUUGUCUCACUAAAAAUCCGUUAGAAGCCUGAAAAUCGUUGAUUCUUAAAUGAAACAACAAUACAGCGCCUCCAAAGACUAAUUAACCGAUCAACUGAUUGUAACAUCAACUUAUUGAAUGUACGAGAAUAAUCAAUUGAUUUUCUCAAAUAUCGGCUAUUGUGUAUAUCUUUUAUUAUAUUUUUCUCCGUAGAAUUAAUUUUCAAAUCUAGUCAUUAAUUUUCCUUAAUUUUUUUUCUGUUUCUUUU